ACAUCUGGCGGAUCACUAAAUUGAAGUAACAUUUUCCACCCGAGGCUAGCUCAACAUCCAGUCCCAUAGGUCACGUGAUGCCACAUUUUCAUCAAUACAAUGUGGAAGAGAAAAGUUCACGAAUGCACAGGCGGUGAUAAUAUGUAUGCCACCCUUAAGAAUUUCUAGCCUCAGUUGCAAAAUGUUAAUGGCCACCUGACCUGUAUGUAUAUCCCAAAUUUAUUGCCAUCUCGCGGUACGCGUCGCGUCAGCCGGUGCGAAUUCCAAAGUCCUUACAGUAGGCUCAACAUAUCACCACUCCAUACAAUACCAGAAGCAUUAUAAAUGUCUAAAGUUAAUACUGCAGAGCAAGCGUACCUUGAUUUGUGCAAACGCAUCAUCGACGAGGGAGAAUUUCGGCCCGACAGAACCGGCACAGGCACACGGUCACUUUUUGCUCCUCCACAGUUAAGGUUCGAUCUUUCCAACGACACAUUCCCAUUACUCACAACUAAAAAAGUAUUUUCCAAAGCCAUUAUCCACGAGCUCCUUUGGUUUGUCGAAGGCAAUACUGAUGCCAAUGUGUUGUCGGAGAAAGGUGUGAAAAUCUGGGAGGGCAACGGCCUGAGGGAAUAUUUGGACAAGUUGGGACUAACAGAUCGUCGUGUCGGCGAUUUGGGACCCGUAUAUGGAUUUCAGUGGCGUCAUUUUGGGGCUGAAUAUAAAUCAUGCGACGAUGACUACACGGGCCAAGGAUUCGACCAGUUGCAAGACGUCAUUCACAAGUUGAAAACGAACCCCUACGACAGAAGGAUCAUCAUGAGCGCAUGGAAUCCGCCAGAUUUUGCGAAAAUGGCUUUGCCCCCAUGUCACGUUUUCUGUCAGUUCUAUGUGAGCUUCGGCAGUGCCGGCCCAACUGCAAACACCGAAAAGCUGGCGAAGCCGGCCCAGAAACCUAAAUUGUCGUGUCUCUUAUACCAGAGGUCAUGUGACAUGGGCUUGGGCGUACCGUUUAACAUUGCCUCAUACGCCCUCUUGACACGUAUGAUUGCCCAUGUGGUCGAUAUGGACUGUGGAGAAUUCGUGCAUACUUUGGGCGAUGCGCACGUGUACUUGGAUCAUGUAGAUGCUCUAGAGACGCAGGUCCAGAGAGAACCCAUGGCUUUUCCCAAGUUGAAGAUCAAAGAAGAGAGGAAGUCGGAGAUAAAGAACAUCGACGACUUCAAGUUCGAAGACUUCGAGAUCGUGGACUACCAAUGCCACGGUCCAAUCAAGAUGAAAAUGAGUGUCUAGUUGGAGCGGCCUGUGUAUACCACAUA